AUGUUUGUAUGUUUUCCUCCUAUUGUUGGUACUUCUAAGCAUUCAACUAACUCACAAGUAAUAUUUCAGGAAAAAGGAUUGAGAGAACUUGCCUCAAAUGCUUUAUCCGUUCUUGUGAAGUAUGAUCCAGAAUAUUCUGCAAAUUUUGCACUUGAGAAGUUAAUCCCAUGCACUUUGGCAUCUGAUUUAUGCAUGCGACAUGGAGCGACAUUGGCUGUUGGAGAGCUUGUAUUAGCUCUACAUAACUGUGGUUAUGCUCUUCCAUUAGAUAAGCAGAAAGUUGUUGCUGGUGUAGUCCCUGCAAUUGAGAAAGCAAGAUUGUAUAGGGGAAAAGGUGGAGAGAUAAUGCGAGCUGCAGUUUCCAGGUUUAUCGAGUGUAUUUCUAUUGUGAACAUAACUUUAACAGAAAAAAUAAAAAAAAGUCUGCUUGAUACUCUUAAUGAGAAUUUGAGGCAUCCUAAUGCUCAAAUACAGAAUGCUGCCAAUGAAGCUUUCAAACAUUUUGUUCCAACGUAUUUUGCAAAAACAAAAGAUAAAGGGACAUUUGACAUUACCCUAAGGUAUCUGGAACAGUUGACUGAUGCAAAUGUAGCUGUGAGAAGGGGAUCUGCCUUGGCAAUUGGGGUUUUACCCUUUGAGUUUCUUGCCACAAGGUGGAAGAUUGUGCUUCAAAAGCUUUGUAGAUCUUGUGAAAUUGAGGAUAACCCAGAAGAUAGGGAUGCUGAAACACGGGUAAAUUCUGUUAAAGGACUUGUAUUAGUAUGUGAAACACUCACCAAUACUAAAGAAUCUUCCGGAUUCCAACAAGAUGAGUACACCUCUCUUUUUACAACAAUAAAAACCCAAGUGAUGCAAAGUUUGUUGAAUGCACUUGAAGAUUACUCUGUUGAUAACAGAGGUGAUGUUGGGUCUUGGGUUCGUACAGCUGCAAUGAAUGGGCUUGAGAAAUGCACAUAUAUUUUAUGCAAGAGAGAUAAAUCAGUUGGAAAUGAGACCCCAGUUCCACUUUUUGAUGCUGAUAUUGCAACCAAAUUAGUUGGAGGAAUUGUUAAACAAGCAUUAGAAAAGAUGGAUAGGUUAAGAGAAGUGGCUGCAAAAGUUCUUCAAAGGAUUUUAUAUAAUGAUGUUGUUUUUGUUCCUCUAAUACCAUAUAGAGAAAAACUAGAAAAACUUGUCCCCAAGGAUGGUGAUUUGAAGUGGGGGGUACCAAGUUGUUCUUUCCCUCGGUUCGUUAAGUUGCUUGAGUUUGAUUGUUACAGUAAAUAUGUUGCGUCAGGGUUAGUAAUUUCCAUGGGUGGAUUAGAAGAUUCGUUGAAAAAGGUUUCACUUGGUUCUUUGUUAGAUUAUCUUGAAGCUAUUAAAGCUAAAGACAAGAGUGAAACAAACACCAGAGAAUCGAGUUUGUCAAAUAACAUUCUCUGGGUUCUUCACAAGUACAAAAGACGCGACAGAGUCAUAAUUCCCACCUUGAAGACUAUAGAGAUUCUUUUCAGCAAAAGGAUCUUCUUACACAUGGAGGGUCAGACGGGAGUAUUUUGUGGGGGUGUUCUGGAGUGUCUUGCUACUGAGUUGAAAGGAACAAAGGACUUCUCCAAGUUAUAUGCUGGGAUUGCUAUUCUUGGAUACAUUGCUUCGAUUUCAGAGCCUCCUAAUACCCAGGCUUUUGCUCAUCUUCUGUCUUUUCUUACCCAUCGAUAUCCCAAGAUUCGAAAGGCUUGUGCUGAGCAAGUUUAUCUUGUACUUAUACAAAAUGGGGAGGUUGUGGGUGAGGAAAAUUUAGAGAAUGCAAUGGAAAUAGUUUCUGAAUGUUGUUGGGAAGGUGACGUGGAGGAAGCAAAACGACAAAGAUUAAAACUAUGUGAAAUUGCGAAUAUAGAAAUGGGACAAAUUCUUAUGCAUACCUCAAGGACAUCAGGUGGUUAUCUUGUCUCUAUCUAA